AUGCCAAUCGCUCAAAUGUCUCCCGAACGUAUUGAGCAAAUCAACAGCCAAUUGUUGACUGCGGGGGCAGUUGGGUUUCUCAAGGGCACGAUUGUUGCACUUGUGAGUGGGUCGUAUUUUAGCUAUAAGUACAAUUUUGGCCAUAACAAAAGAUUUUUCUUGCCCCAGUGUAAGGUCGGGUACUUCAUCGCUUGGGGAAUAGUGGGUAUCACUUUUGCUGUGGAAAACGCCAAGAUCAGCGUGACUAAGGACUUGGCGGAGGAGGAGAACAUACAGAGACAACUUUACUGUAAACAAGAGUUGGGCGGAAACUAG